UCAGGGACAUAUUUUGAUGUAACACACAACAUCCCGCGGAGUUCUCCGACGACAUGUGUAUGUUCAAUUACAUAUUUUACCCAUUUAACAAGGUCCAUAGCCUAAAUAUUUGCAUAGUGAUAGAAUAAUAUGGGAGGUGAUACUAUAAUUGGGUGUACAUUAACGCGUGUGUGCUUAUUAUGUUUUUAAAGUUGUCCUAACGAGAGUUAGCGCUAGCUCAGGUUAGCCUGUCAGUCAGUGGAACAGAGGAGAGAAAGUGUCAUGUGUGCUACAAUAUCGACCCUUUUACUCAAACAACCAUCAUAUAUACUUUUAAGCAGAACUUGUGAUAGGAGCUCAUUUGUCAACGCUAUUCGUAUUACUAUAGAUUUAGUUUAAUAACUCCUUCAAGUGCAUAGUCAAUGUGUAAAACCUGUCUUUCACAAAGUGCCUUCACUUCGUAAAAAAUGAAACGUCAAACGUUGACACAUUUAAGUUCUGUUUAUUAAUCCAAUUCGGCAACACAGUUGACAUAGUUGAAAGAAUAGCUCCUUGACCCCCCGAAGCUACCUCGGAAUCAUGAGUGGUUCCAAGCCGGACAUUCUGUGGUCCCCCCACCACCCGGACCGCUAUGUGAUCUGCGACUCUGAGCUCGGCCUGUACCGCAUCGGCCCCGCCUGCAGCGCGGAGACAAAGGCGGGCACACUCCCGCUCUCAGUGGACACCGCCGCCACCUUACUCGCCAUCAACUCCGACACGCCUUACAUGAAAUGCGUCGCCUGGUACCCCAAACAUGAACCCGAGUGCCUUCUGGCCGUGGGCCAAGCCAACGGCCGGGUGGUCCUCACUAGCCUGGGCCAGAGCCACAACUCUAAAUGCAAAGAGCUCAUGGGGAAGGAGUUCAUCCCCAAACACGCCCGCCAAUGCAACACCCUGGCCUGGAACCCUCAUGACAGCAACUGGCUGGCAGCGGGGCUGGACAAGCACCGCGCAGACUUCUCCGUCCUCAUCUGGGACAUCAGCCGGCAGUCCUCACCCGACGCCAGUGUUGCAGCCGAGAAGAUCCGUCUGUCAGCGGUGGACGUGGACUCGGGCUCAGUUGUGACCAAGCCCCUGUAUGAGCUGGGGCAGAACGACGCCUGCCUGUCGCUCUGCUGGCUGCCCCGGGACCAGAAGCUGCUGCUGGCUGGGAUGCACCGCAACUUGGCCAUCUUCGACCUGAGGAACACCAGCCAGAAGACCUUUGUGAACACCAAGGCCAUCCAGGGCGUGACGGUGGACCCCCACUUCCACGACCGCGUGGCCUCCUUCUUCGAGGGCCAGGUGGCCAUCUGGGACCUCCGGAAGUUUGAGAAGCCGGUGCUGACCCUCACGGAGCAGCCCAAGCCUCUCACCAAGGUGGCAUGGUGCCCCACGCGCACGGGCCUGCUGGCCACGCUGACGCGCGACAGCAACGUGAUCCGCCUGUACGACAUGCAGCACACGCCCACGCCCAUCGGCGACGAGACGGAGCCCACGGUCAUCGAGCGCAGCGUGCGGCCCUGCGACAGCCAGUUGGGCAGCUUUGCCUGGCACCCCUCGGCCCAGAACCGCAUGGUGGUCGUCUCCGCCGCCAACCGCGUCAUGACGGACUUCACCGUGUUCGAGCGCAUCUCGCUGGCCUGGAGCUCCAGCGCCGACCUCACCUGGGCGUGCGGGCGCCACCUGUACGACUGCACCGAGGACGGUGCGGGAGAGGGGGCGGAGAGCGCCAUCGAGAAGGACAUCGCCACCAAGAUGAGGCAGCGGGCGCAGUCGCGCUACGGCCACGACACCACCCAGGUGUGGAGGAACCACCUGCUGGCCGGCGGGGACGACGCCCAGCUGAAGUCGCUGUGGUACGACCUCUUCUAUAUGAAACAGUGCACGGAGAACCCUGAUCUGAAGCUGCAGGGGAACAAACAGGCCCUGGUCUACUCCGGGAUCAAGGACAUCGUCAAGGUCAGCUCAGGCACCGCAGAGAGCCGGCGCUGCUGGAGCGGCUCCGAGCGGCCGGCCAGCGCGCUGCGCUACCACAGCGAGGAGCGGAGCCUGGCACUGAGGCUGUGCGGCUGGACCAGCCAGGCCGGGGGGGCGGGGGGGGGGCCGGAGGUGGACGCCGAGCCCUUCCUGCUCUCCCUGGAGCAGGGCCGGGAGUGGCAGCGGGCCGCCGCCGUGGCCCUCUUCAACCUGGACAUCCGGAGAGCCAUCCAGCUGCUGCACAAGGGAGCCACCACCGACAAGGGCGACCUGAACCUAAGUGUGGUUGCCAUGGCGCUGUCGGGCUACACGGACGAGCGGAACUCCCUGUGGCGGGAGAUGUGCAGCUCGCUACGCUCCCAGCUCAGGAACCCCUACCUCCUCGUCAUGUUCGCCUUCCUCACCAGCGAGCCCGGCUCCUACGACGGCGUGCUGUACGAGAGCAGUGUCGCGGUGCGCGAUCGAGUGGCCUUCGCCUGCAUGUUCCUCAACGACACCCAGCUGCCGCGCUACAUCGAGAAGCUGACCAAUGAGCUGAAGGAGGCGGGGAACCUGGAAGGCAUCCUGCUGACGGGGCUGACCCGCGAUGGGGUGGACCUGAUGGAGAGCUACGUGGACCGCACCGGGGACGUGCAGACGGCCAGCUUCUGCAUGCUCAGGGGCUCCCCGGGAGACGUGGUCAAGGACUCGCGGGUCCAGGGCUGGAUUGAGAACUACCGCCACCUGCUGGACGCAUGGAGGUUCUGGCACAAGCGGGCUGAGUUCGACAUCCACAGGGGCAAGCUGGACCCCAGCUCCAAACCCCUGGCCCAGGUGUUUGUGAGCUGUAACUUCUGCGGGAAGUCCAUCUCUUACAGCUGCUCGUCCGUCCCCCACCAGGGGCGGGGCUUCAGCCAGUACGGCGUCAGCGGCUCGCCCACCAAGUCAAAGGUCACCAGCUGCCCCGGCUGCCGGAAGCCCCUCCCCCGCUGCGCCCUGUGCCUCAUGAACAUGGGCACGCCCGUCUCCAACUGCCAAGGCUUGGGGAAGUCUGAGGAGAAGGGGGACCCGGCCCGGGAAAACAAGCUGGCCCAGUUCAACAACUGGUUCACCUGGUGCCACAACUGUCGCCACGGCGGCCAUGCUGGUCACAUGCUCGGCUGGUUCAGGGACCACACCGAGUGCCCGGUGUCGGCGUGCACGUGCAAGUGCAUGCAGCUGGACACGACCGGGAACCUGGUGCCCUCCGACAGCGUCUAAAGGAACCCUCCGCGGAACCCGUUUGGACUCGGGUCUCGUGGAACCAGAUCGCCAAGACGACCGUACCGGGAGCCUGGCGGAGGCAAGACGAAAGGGGGGGCCCCCCGGAUCUAGGGGGGGGCAUUCAUGCGCUGCUCACGCCUCAAUCACACAGUUGACACACUAUAGCUGGGAAUGAAUGUAACACUUUUUUAAGGGCCCUUAGUUCACCACCCGGUGUAAGGUUCAAGGGUCACCAGCCAUUACUUUACACAAUCUCUAUCAAUAAAGAUGAAUUAUGAUGGGUAGACCCCCCCCCCCCCCAAAGCCUGCCAGUUGGUUCAGUCCACCAGGGAUGUCUUUAAAUGGCUGACACCUCACAGCCGGUGGUCGAACAGGGGCCCUUUAACACAGACGUAUUGAUGACAAGAAGGGAGUAUAUGUAUUUUUUAAUCAUAACUGGAUGAUGUGAUCGGUUAACUUAAUCAAUGAAGGACAAGGGAGCAAAUGCAACUCGGCGCCUUGCUGACAGUAAUUAGAGCUUCUGCCGCCACUCAGGAGAAUGCGUGGAGGUCGUGCGUCCCGGACAGCCUCUUUCAAUCUAACCUGAAUCAGGAUUCAUGUGUUUAUGUUGAUCUAUUAAAAGAAGUUUAUCACAAUGA